CUCAGAAUCGCCGCAAGACCUUCUUCGCGACCAUGGUCAACCAGGUUAGACGUGCGGCCCAGCUGGGCGUGGCCUUCGGCUCCGCAGGAAUCGACGAGUGACGUGUCGGACGAUUCAGAACCCGAGCUUGUGUUGGAGUGCAACGGCCUCUUCAUCGACUCCUUGCACCGGCUGUUGCGUGUCCUGAUGAGCCAGCUGCAUCACACGCGCGUGCGCAACUUCGUCGCCGACACAAUAGCCAACAUCGACCUCGAGCUCGGCGAGGAGGACGACCUGUCCGAUGACGAGCAGGAGGAGAGCACGCGUGGAAGGACACGUCCACGUUCCGGGUCGCCACCGACAUCGCCGCGGCCGAGAGGCUGACCUCGACCGUGCAAGGACAUCGAGGCCUUCUGGAGGCAAAUACAUGGGCGGGCCUGGCCAGUGAGGGUCAGUACGACGUGGACGGAACCUAUUCGGCUGCCAUCUGCAGGCCUGCAGACGCCUCACGCGGCUCGCGCGUCCGCGACGGCGGAGGGGCUGCCGAUGCAGAAGCCUCGUCUCGCGCGGUACGCGACGGAGGUCGUGCUGCAGCUCCGACGGUCGAGGGCUGUGCUCAACAAGGCAGACGCGUGGGUCGCGCACUACUGCCCCAGGAGUAUCAUCGGCCUGCAGCACAAGAACGACCUCCGCAGGGACGUCCUCGGUACUGUGCCAUCGAGCCCCAGUCGGACGAGAUGUGCGUCUCGCAGUAACGUUUCGUCUCCGAUGUCUCCCGGCGGCGAGAGCCGUUGCGACAGGAGGGCACACAGAAGAGAAGACGGGAUCAUCAAGGUCGGCGCCGGCUACUCCUAUGACCCACCCUCAACGCUGCAAGUGCGGAAUAGUGGCAGGUGUUUUUUUGAUAGUUGUCCGUGCGAUAUUUGCCGACACCGCGCGUUUAGCUUGCACGUUUACAUGGAAACAAGGUACACCAGCAGGU